CAUCCCCAAAGGGGAGCAUCGGCCUCUGGUUUUUAACACAAAAGAAAAAAGAAUUUUUCUUCAAUGGCGAAGUCCUUCUGAGCUCUUCCUGGUUAAGAUGGACUAUGACUAAGCAAACCAUCUAUGCAGUGUGGCUGGCACCUGUCCUCUGGGGCAGCUCCCAGGGAGGACACCCAUGCACCUGAUUGUAAAAAUAAAUCUACAACUUUUGGAGACCCAGGAAUGCUCUCCACUCUCUCCUUGGCAUGUUUUCUAACUAGCAUCAGAGAAUUUCCUAAGUGGAGCGAUUUAAUUUGUCUUCUGCUUCUGCCUUGAGUGUUUCACUGAGGCAUCUCUGCUGCCUUGUUGGAGCUCCUUUCAUGGUCCUAGGAGACACUGCAGCCCCAUUUGGCUCUACAUUAUUGGUUUCCCUUUCCUGUCCUAAGCAUCUGCCAAUCAUGGGUCACACACUGAGGCAGGGAACAUCUGUCCUCACGUUCUUUCGGCUGCUGGUGCUGGCUGGCCUUUUGUGCUUCAUUGCAGGCAGGCAGGUGACCAAGGGAGUGAGAGAAGUGGUGACGCUGUCCUGUGAGUACAACAUUUCUGUGAAUGAGCUGGACAGAGCUCGAGUCUACUGGCAAAAGGAUAAGCAAAUGGUGCUGAGUAUCGUAGCUGGGACAGUAAAAGUGUGGGAUGAGUACAAAAACCGGACCAUCCUUGACAUCCCUAAUAAGCUUUCCCUGGUGAUCCUGACCCUGCGCCUGUCAGACAGGGGCACCUACACCUGUGUCGUUCAGCAGCCUGAAAAAGGGAUGUUCAAAUUGCAACACCUGUCUUCAGUCACGCUCUCCCUCACAGCUGACUUCCUUACUCCCAGUAUAACUGACCUUGGAAAUAUAUCCACGGACACUAAAAGGAUACUAUGCUCAACUUCGGGGGGUUUUCCUAAGCCUCACCUCUCUUGGUUGGAAGAUGGAAAAGAGAUAAACACUGACUACCCGGCAGUUUCACAGGAUCCCCAGACAGAGUUGUUCACUGUCAGCAGUGAGCUGCACUUCAACAUGACGAGCAACCACAGCUUCCAGUGCCUCGUCAAGUAUGGAAACACAGAAGUGUCGGAGACAUUCACCUGGCAGAAACGUAAGCAACACUGUCCCAGGGACCCACCCUGGAGAAUCUGA